CUCUGUCUCUUAAGCACUUUGCUCAACAGGUAGAGGAGGAGAGCUGGGAAACAGCCAAACAUGGAAGAAGCAGAUCGUCAACGCGAUCAUCAACAGGAAGAAGUCGUCAUAGACUGCAAGGAACAACACAACGACACCACCACCGUCACCACCACCACCAAUAACAUUAUUAUCAAGGGUAAACGCACAAAGCGCCUAAGGCCUCAAUCCCCCAUCCCUUUCGCCAUUCCUACAAAUUCUUCCACCGCGGAGAGCGGUGGUGGCGGCGGAGGUGGAGAAGGUGAGUGUAACAACACCAUCACCAACUCAUCUCCCACAACCUCCGCGGAGUACCAGGAUAGCACCGAGGAAGAGGAAGAUAUGGCUAACUGUUUGAUCCUCUUGGCACAAGGCAAUUCCCGAGGUCCUUCCUCGUCCCCUAAGCUGCACCAACUUCACAAUACAACCACAACAUCAAGUCGGAGAUUCAUGGAAGCAACACCUCUCGCCGCUGCCGUGGGGCCUUCCAAGGUGGCCGGGGCGGGCGGGUAUUACGUUUACGAAUGCAAGACGUGUAACCGGACUUUCCCUUCUUUCCAAGCAUUGGGUGGCCAUCGGGCCAGUCACAAGAAGCCAAAAGCAGCGAUCAAUGUAGAUGACAAGAAGCAGUUUGGAAUUGGGAUGUUAGCAUCGAAUGAAGAAGACACACAGUUGUUCAAGAACAUGAACAUCAACAACAACACGUCCUCCUCAUCUCCACUUUCUCUUCAUCUGAGUAACAGGGGGCUGGUCUUGAGUAGUACCAGCAACAACAAGCCUAAGGUUCAUGAGUGCUCCAUUUGCGGGGCGGAGUUCACCUCCGGUCAGGCCUUGGGAGGCCAUAUGAGGCGCCACCGGGCGCCCGUUGGAGUAACAGCUGCCAACACCACCUUGGCGUUGACAGCUGCUCCUCCAACAAUUCCUUUAGUCUUGGAGGCUCCGCAACCUCAACAAAACCAACACCAACAGUACCACCACCACCAACAGCCCUUGAAGAAGCAAAGAAGCAUGUUGUCUUUGGAUUUGGAUCUAAACCUUCCUGCACCCGAAGACGAUCAUCAUCAACGAGAUCAAUCCAAAUUUGUGUUCACACCCAAACAACAACAGCAACAACAACAAACGCAGCAACCUCAGCAGCAACAGCAACAAGAAAGGUUAAGAAUUUUGGUGGAUUGUCAUUACUAAUUAAAGGAAGGCUAAA